CACUCCUGAGUCCUGAUCUCCGAUCGCUCGCCACCUCACGACCGGACUCCCCUGCUCCAGCUCUCACCUAUCCUCGAAGCAGCAAUGGCUGAAGCCGUGGAGAGCGGCGGGCGGGCGCUCCUGGUCUCGGAGUUGGGCCGCGUGCAGGACCUGGUGAGCCAGCUCGAGCUGCAGCUGCGCGCGCCCGCGGACGCGGACUCCGUCGACCUCUGCCGCUGCCUCGUGCAACAGAUCGUCGCGCUCACCGACCGCUCCAUCGGCAUGCUCCACUCGUCACCGGACCUCGCCCCCUCGCCGCUGACCGCCACGGGGAGCCCGAUAAGCAGUGACGCCGCCUCCGACCACCACCCCUUCCGCCCCGCCGGCGCCAGCCCCAAGAAGCGCAAGGCCACGGCGCGCUGGACCAGCCAGCAGGUGCGCGUCAGCGCCGACGACGGCCACAGCUGGCGCAAGUACGGCCAGAAGGACAUCCUCGGCGCCAGGCACCCGCGGGCCUACUACCGCUGCACGCACCGCAACUCGCAGAACUGCCUGGCCACCAAGCAGGUGCAGCGCGCCGACGACCACCCCGCGCUCUUCGACGUCGUCUACCACGGCGAGCACACCUGCAGGCCCGCCGCCGCCGGCGGCGGGUCCAAGAGGGCGCAGCAGCACAACCCGCACGCGCAGGCCGCGCUGCAGGGCCUCGCCGCGCGGCUCACGGUGGCCACCACCACCACGGACAACGCCGCCGGGCUCCCGCCGAUGACGCCCGAGAGCUGCCCCGUGCGGGGCGCCUCGUCCCCGUGGUCCCUCGCGUCGCCCGUCGGCUCCGACUUCAACGGCUGCCUGCACCAGGGCAUCUCGCCUUGCCCGGUGCCCGGGUACAGGGACUGGACCUCGGACGUGGACCUCCAGGAGGUGGUGUCAUCGGCGUUCGCCGCCGUCUCGUCGGUUGCGCCCCUUCCGGUGCCUGACGACGAAUUCAUGCCUCUCGAAUGCGUCGAAUACGUAUUCGACCAGAACUUCGACAUUGACACCGCAAUGCCAAGCCUCUACUAUCCAUGAGAAGAGCAACUGAUCGGCAGCACUGUCCACUUCUCCAAGACAGGAGGGAGGAGCAGAGCUGCAGCAGAGGAGCCUAUUCCUGAGAACUGUGCAGUAGCAGAAGCCAGCAAAGCUUUUAGGAUACAUUUUAAUGUCUCAUUAUCUUUUCUUUCUUUCUUUCUUUCCCUUUCAUGGGUUGGGUUUUGUUGAUUUCACUCAGCAAGAGAAAAGUUAAUUUUUACUA